AUGAGUGUUCGGGUGGUUUUGGAACAUGAAGAAAAAAGACUUACAGUUUUGAAUGAAGUAAAAAGUUUGGCAAAACUGGACUCAGAUUUUGUGGUUAAAUACUAUCACUCAUGGCUUGAAUGCAAAUAUCUUUACAUUCAGAUGGAAUUCUGUGAACUAAAUCUUAAAACAAUUCUUCAAAACAAAGCCAUUGUAUUUGAGAGACAACCGGAAGACCACAUGAAUAGUGUGUUCGAGUAUUUCAUUUCAUGCGAAAUAUUUAAAGAACUGUUAGAAUGUGUUCAAUAUCUUCAUGAAUCCAAUCCUCCAGUCAUUCAUCGGGAUCUCAAACCCGACAAUAUAUUAAUUGAUCCCAACUUCAGAUCCAAUCGUUUAAUAAAAUUAUGUGACUUUGGUUUAGCCAAAGAGAUCAACAUUGAUGGUCACACUUCCAGCCGAUACGGCCACACAUCAGGUGUGGGCACUAUUAAGUAUAUGUCUCCCGAAACACAUUUGGGUAAACCAUAUACUCAUAAAUCGGAUAUUUAUAGCCUCUAUGUUAUCGGCGAACAGUUAUUUAAUGUCGAUCUUCAGGCGUAA